AUGAACGACGUGCUCGACUUGCACCAGAACAAUGAGAGUGACGGACCUAGCCUGGAAGAACUAGUUCAGUCACUGAACACCGACCAGGCUAGGGUGUAUGAACACGUUAAAUCCCACCUCGAGCACCAGCUGACUCACGAGAAAAAGCAGUGCAGUUGUACGGACCUCAAACCACUGCACAUGUUUUUCAACGGGGUGGGAGGUAUGGGCACGUCUUUCCUCAUCAAGACUGUCCGUGCACUUGAAAUGAAUAUGUGA